UAACACUAGUUAAAACCCCGUUUUGGAAAACCUGUUCGAAGCGGUUUAACGCCGCGCAGUAAUCACGAAUUGCAUAACGUUUAGGCGACCAUUCGAAACAAAAGGAGCAAGAGUCGAGUGAGCGUUGAGAAGGUGAAGACCAUUGAGAAUACACAAGAUGAACAGGAGGGAUAGUGGAACACGUGUCUUUGUUGGAGGUCUUACAGAAGAUAUCCAGAAAGAAGACUUAGAGAUGGAAUUUGAGAAGGUUGGAAAGAUUGUUAGUGUUUGGGUAGCACAAAAUCCACCUGGUUUUGGGUUUGUUGAAUUUGAUGACAGAGAAGAUGCUAAUGAAGCAAUAAAUGCAAUGAAUGGUCAUCUUAUAAAGGGUGCAAGAAUCAGAGUAGAAAUGUCAAGAGGAAAACGUGGUGGGCGAGGAGGAGGCCGUGGGAGAGGAGGAUUCCGAGGAGGGCGUGGUGGUGGUUUUAGAGGUGGUGACGGAGAUUAUGAUAGGCGAGGCCCAUCCUAUGACUCGUACAGAGGAGACGGCAACUUUUCUCGCAGGGGUGGAGGAUACAGGUCUAAUGAUGGAAGAGAAAGUCCCUACUGAGAUUUGAAGUAACUUCAGAAGUACAGUCAUCUGUCAGUAAGACACCCUUGUUUUUUAUCAAGGGUUGUUAUAUAUUCUGCUAGAGAAAGGUGUUGCCACUCAUCUUGUGAUUUUGUUUUAUUGUUGCCUAAUAUUUUCAUCUCCUCUUUCAUCUUUUGGUUGUCAUUUUUUUCCAAAACUUGUUGAAAGCAACAGAGUAUCAAACUUCAGAUAUUUUGUAUCUUUAUGAGGCUAUAUCCUGUGGUUUUCAACAACUUUAGGGUUUAAUUUUGAAGUUAAUUAAAAAUAAAUAUAAUGUGUCUUUUUUUAUUUAGUUGAUUAUGUCGACAACUGUCAAUCCUUGACAGAUUUUUGUAUUAAUUAACUUAUUUUAAAGCUCGUGUUUUUCCAGUUCAUAAAUCACCUAAAUUUUUGUGCAAAAAUUAAAAACUUCUUUAUCCCCCUGUA